AUGGAGAACCAGGACGAUUGUGUCAACGCAAAGAUCGUCAAGCGAUUAGACCUGACAGCGCCGAGCGAGAAGCUGAAGUUUGCGUACUUGGAGAUGAUUGCUGAAUCGCAUGGUGUUGCAUGGUAUGCCAGCCUCAUUAUAUCUGACGACGUCACUGAGAUUGUGUUCUUGAAGAUG